GCGGAUCAUAGAGUCCCCGGAAGUGCGCGGCAGAGCGGCUCCCGGGGACCGCGGGCUGUCUGUCAGCCGGCCCGAGCUGAGCGGAGGCUGGAUGUCCGUGGGCUUGGCGCUCAAAGUGGUGGCCGGGCUGGCGGCCGCGACCCUGGCAGCCGUGCUGCUCGACCAUUAUGGCCUGGUGGGCAUGUCCUCGCCAUGGCCCGUACGACCCCAAGCCUCCCAGAGACCCUUCCCGGCGCCCGGGGCCGAGGCCACCAACAUCUUCUGGGGCCUGCAGAUCUCGGACCUCCACAUCAGCAAGUUCUAUGAUCCAGGCCGAGGCACAGACUUGGAGAAGUUUUGUUCGGAAACCGUCGAUGUCAUCCAGCCUGCUGUCGUCUUAGCCACGGGUGACCUCACAGAUAGCUUAAGAAGUGAUCAUUGGGGUUCCAAGCAAUUUGAAGUGGAAUGGCAAACUUAUCAUGCUGUCUUGAAGAGAACUAGGGUCAUGGAAAAAACCAAGUGGCUAGAUAUCAGAGGAAAUCAUGAUGCAUUCAACAUUCCAAGUCUGGAGAGUAGCCAGAAUUAUUACAGGAGAUACUCUGCCUUACGUAGGCAUGGCCCUAUGCAUUACCUCCAUAAGACCCCUUUUGGAAACUACUCUUUCAUCUAUGUGGAUGCUACCAUCACCCCAGGGCCCAAGAAACCCUUUAAUUUCUAUGGAAUACUAAAUAAGAGACAAAUGAGGGCACUUGAUUUACUGGCUAAGCAGAGUAGGCAUAGCAACCAUAGUAUUUGGUUUGGACAUUAUCCAACAUCUACUAUCAUCUCUCCAGCUCCAGGAAUACGGCCAUUAAUGAGUUCUGCCGUAGCAUAUUUCUGUGGCCAUCUCCAUUUACUUGGUGGACUGAUGCCUGUUUUGCACACUCGACAUCCGAAGGGCACUCUGGAACUAGAGCUAGGAGAUUGGAAGGAAAACAGGAGGUACCGGAUCUUUGCUUUUGACCAUGACCUCUUUAGCUUUGCAGAUUUGGUUUUUGACAAGUGGCCAGUAGUGCUCAUCACAAACCCCAAGUCAUUUCUCUACAGCAGCUCCACACAUGAGCCUCUAGAGAGACUCCUCUACUCCACACACAUCAGAAUCUUGGCCUUCUCACCAUCCUCCAUUACCUCUGUCACAGUUAAGAUUAAUAAUGUUUAUUUGGGGAAUGCUGUUCAUCUGUCUGGUCCUAUUUUCAUACUGAAGUGGAAUCCUAGAAAUUAUAGUGAAGAGUCCCAUAUGAUAGAGGUAAAUGUUCAGGAUUCCACUGGAAGAAAUAACACUGUUAACCACAUAUUUUCUAUAAAAGGAGACAUUCCUAUCAAAUUUGACUUUAUGCCAUCAUUCAUUCUCCUAACUGAUCACUAUAUCGUGGCUCGGAUCAUUUUCAUUUUGAUUGUGAUAGUCCCACAAUUCCUCCUUGUUGCUUUCAGGUACUUCAGAAAAAUAAAACUGAAAGGAGCUCCAGGGUAUAUAAGUCUGGCCACAUUUUCCUUUAAUGUCUUGAGCAAAACAAAUACCUUCUACUACGUUGUGUUAUUCCUGAAUUUCUAUACAGCUUUGGGACCGUGGUUUGUUGGUGAAAUUAUCGAUGGUAAAAUGGGCUGCUGCUUUUCCUUUGGGGUAUUUGUUGAUGGGCAUUUCUUUCAAGGCAGCAUGACAUUUAUAUUUGGAAUUAUUCAGCCAGUGGCUCUACCUAGAAACAAAAAAAUGAGUAAGAGAAAAAGAACCAGUUUCACAAAAGUGAUCGACAUAUCAGCCGAACUGAGCAGUACAUGCCAUAUCCUACACCCAGUCUACUCCCUCACUUCUAUGCUGCUUUUUCAUGUACCACUUUUGGUCUAUCUGUGCUGGACCUUGUUGCUGCGGUGCCAGGGUUAUGUCUUUACCUCUCAUCUCAAGGGAAGAUACCACAAGACUCUACCUGUCCAUAGCCUCAUGCUGCUGUUCUACUUCUGCCAAAUUGGUAGCUGUUAUUUGCUCGGGAAGGCCUAUGGCGCUGUGGCCCUUCUCUUCUCCCCCAUAUAUACCUGGUUGGCGGUGUUUUUCCCAAUUCUUGUUCGUUGGGCAUGGACCUUGAACCCCAGGGAACUCAGAACCUUCAUAGUGGAACUCAGAAGCCAUCAGAGCUCCCAGAGGCAAUGACCGAUGUGCAGGCGGAGCUCGGGCCCGGGGUUGUCGCCGCUGCCCCGGGGUCCCAGCCACCCUCCGGGGAGGCCCGCCCAGGGAAGCUGCGCCCGAAGCCGAUGAGAAGGCCGUAUGGCCCUGCUGCUUAGAGAAGAGCCUUGACCCGCUGUAGCUGGUGGGCGACAUGCUGAUUCUCUAAGAAUGAACCUCCAAAAAUGGCCCCUAAUUAAUGCUGUGAUUGCUGAUUCUUGCUGCUUAUUCCCCAUGGAAGCAAAGGGAUGAACUGAACUUUGUGGAAUGAAAAUGUCGCGCCCGUGAGGGCGCCUCCCGACUGGAGGCCAGUUGGGAGAGUGGUGCCGGGCUCCGGACCCCGAGGCUAGUACCGGGCCGCGUCCUGCCUACCACGUGGGUUGUUGAUGGUUUAAUUGAAUCUCAGGUUUUCUAGGGUCUCUGCCUCCAGUGGUGGGAUUGUUCUAAACUGAUCAAAUAAAUGGAUAAACAGUU